UCAGACAUGGAGUCCGCUGUAACGAGCUGCUGUUUCUGUUUCCUCUUGCUGUCGGUGUUUAACUGUGACGGGUUCCAUGUCCUCGGUCCGUCUGGUCCUCUCACUGUAGAUCUGGGAGACUCAGUGAUGCUGCCCUGCUUUGUAAAAACUCCUUUACCAAUGGAAGAACUGGAAGUUGAGUGGAAAAGAAAUGACUCUGGAACACUAGUGCACUUGUGGCAGGACGGAGAGAGUCGACCAGAGUCUCAGGACCAGCGUUAUCGUGAAAGAGCUUAUUUCUUCACUGAGGAGAUUGAACAAGGAAACUUAUCUCUGUUUCUUACAAACAUAACUCGAGAAGAUGCAGGAAUUUAUAAGUGUGUCGUUUACACAAACCUUGAAUCUGAUGAAACUCUGAUUGAAAUAAAGGAAAUUGAGCGUUUUGUUGUAUCUGGAGCCCAUGUUAUAUCUGCAUACGCAGGUGAAGAUAUCACUCUGAAUUGCUCUGUAGACUCACAUAUAGCACCAGAAAAUAUAGAACAGGUAUCAUGGAAGAAAAUAGAAAAAAAUAUCAUGGUGCUCUUUUAUGAAGAAGGAGUGGUUCAUACAGACUCGUCAGACAGCAGUUACAGAGACAGAGUGGAGCUAUUCAGUGCUGAAGAAAUAAAGAAAGGAAACUUCUCAUUGAGACUGAAACAUGUGCAAACUGAGGACAUUGGCCUGUUUAUAUGUGAAGUAUUUGCUGAGGGAUUUUCAGCUAACACAACAAUAGAAGUGCGGCAGCUGGGUUUGUCCUCUAUGUAUUUUGGAAUUUUGGGCCUUUGUAUAUCUGCAAUUCUGUUACUUUUCCUAAGUUGCCCAGUGUAUAGGAGUGUAAAGGAUAAUGACCAUAGCAGAAAAGCCCUAUUUAGACAAAGUGCAUUUGUCUUUUGUCCUAACAUUAUUAUGUUCAUUGCCUUCAUCUUAUGGUAUAAAACUGAGGGGAGUUUUGAUGAAGCCGCAACUUGUUCAGCUCUUAAUUUUGUUAGGAUCUUUUUUCUACUUUGGGUUGCUGACAAACUUGGAAGAUUUUAUGGUAUGAUUUAA